AGCCUAUCCCAGCUGUCUAUGGGUGAGAGGGGAACACCCUGGACAGGACGCCAGUCCACCACAGGACAACACACACAGACAAACAACCAUUCACACACACACGCACUCACACCUACAGCCAAUCUAGAGUCAUCAAUCAACCUAAGGCAUGUUUUUGGACCGUGGGAGGAGGCGGGAGAACCCAGAGAGAACCCGCGCAAACACGGGGGGGGGAGCAUAAAAAACUUCACACAGAAAGGCACCCAAUCGAACUAAUACAAAUUAACUGUAAAUAUGUUUACAAUGUUAAUUAUAUUGUAUUAUUAUGAGAAGGAAAAGAGCCAGACACUAGAGGGUUAGUUAUCAUAAGAGAGGCACCUCUCUAAACACUGGUACAGUUUUCAUGUAAGCUCAUUUUAUUUAAAUAUUUAAUGACAUUUAGAACCAAGACUAAACAGAUUACAAAAAUGUAAAAAAAAAAACAAAAUGAAGUAAAAUGUAGAAAUAUUUAUUGACUUAAACGUUUAUUAACAGAAAUGACCGUGUAUAGUCGUUAAAAGGCGAGUUAUGAUCAUCGUGUUUUAGCUCUAUCUAUGUCUCACCAGCUUCUAUUACUGGUUUAAUGCUCAUUAGGAAAGACUAUAACAUAAUGUAAACUACGAAAAACUUGCACAGAUGAGAAUUCAGGAGCGUUUGCCUCUGACUUUGACACUGCUCUUGUUGUUUAACUAAUAAAGUUCUUUUUGAACACGUGAUCAACACUGUCAUGGCGGCAUCCUCGUGUGAUGCGUGGUUGUUAUCGGCUGUACUUUUAGCUAAACAUUUCAUGCAGCCACAGUAAGUGAUCGUACGAUCUCUGCUAAUAUUUAUAAUCUUAAGCAUUUUGCUAACUCAGUUUCUACAAAUACCGUUUGUUAUAGUUGAUCCCCACGUAGUUUGUAGCCAACCGUUCUGGGCGAAGGAGAGGAACACACCGGCGGAAAGUUUGUGUGUCUGUAGAAAAAUGAACAGAAAUAAGAUGAAGAUGAAUAACAGGCGUCCGUUCUUCGGGCGGAAACCAGCCAAACGGAGCAUCCUGGUGAAAGGCGAGUGGAAAGCUGUGGAUCUGGAUCCGUGUCUGUUUUCCGAGGAGGGCAUGGAGGGGAUGGUGUGCUUCGAAGAGCUAACGAAUUACCAACUGAUGGACGCUAACAAGGCUGCGAUGAUAGCAGCUAAAAGGGAAAAGAAAAAGGCGAAGAAGAGGAAAGCCCAAGAGGAGGCAGGUGUGGAGGACACAGAGGGGGAGAAAACAACUGGACCAGCAAAGAAAAAAGCCAAGAAGAAGAAACCGGCUGCAAAGGAAUCAGAUAAGUCUACAGAGAUGACGGAGGAAAAGCCAACUGAAGACGAGGCUUCAAAGGCUGAGGCUGUUCCCUCCAAAGACAAAGUUCAGUCCAAAACUAAAAAGAAAAAAAAACAAAAGCCACAAGCUACAGACGCCGAACCUUCAUCAGAACACCAGACGCUGCAAACAGAAAAGAAAGGUCCCCUUAAGAAGCAGAGAAAGAACUGGACGAACACAGCCCUGUGCGCUUCAGAUGACACGAAUGCUGAUGUGAGUGCAUGGAAGGACUUGUUUGUUCCCCCGCCUGUGCUGAAGGCGCUGAGCUGCCUCGGGUUUGGUUCACCCACACCAAUUCAAGCCCUGGCUUUGCCUCCGGCUAUCCGAGAUCGCAUGGACAUACUGGGAGCAGCUGAGACAGGCGAUGGAAAGACACUGGCUUUCAGUAUUCCCAUGAUCCACACUAUCCUGGAGUGGAAAAAUGGCUCAGAGAAACGUGAUGAUGAUGCUGAGCCACCCUCCACCGUGGAGAGUUUGCAUUUACCAGCUGAGGAUGGAGACACUGGGGAGCAGGGGGAUUGUGACUCAGCUGAGAGUGCCGGUGAAGAUGAUGAGCAGGAUGUUGAAGAGAGCCACGACGACGAUGAGCCUGGAUGUGUUGAAGUCAUUGACUUUGCAGACUUUGACCCCGCUACUGGAGCAACAGAGAAGCAUGUGGGCGGGCAGAGUCGGCCUCUGCUUGGUCUGGUUCUCAUGCCCACCAGAGAGCUGGCGGUUCAGGUCAAACAUCACAUUGAUGCUAUAGCAAAAUUCACAGAUAUCAAAACAGCCAUUGUGCUGGGAGGGAUGGCACAACAAAAGCAGCGAAGGAUGCUGAAUCGCAGGCCAGAGAUCAUCAUUGCCACUCCAGGACGUCUGUGGGACCUGAUAAAGGAGAAGCAUCCACAUCUGCUGAACCUCAGGCAGCUACAGUGCCUGGUCAUUGAUGAAGCGGAUCGCAUGGUCGAAAGAGGCCACUUCGCAGAGCUGGAGAACCUGCUAGAAAUGUUGAACACCACAUUCUUCAACCCCAAGAGGCAAACGUUUGUCUUCUCUGCCACGCUGACCAUGGCUCACAGCCUGCCCAGCCGCUUCCUGCAGAAGAAGAAGAAGAAGCUGGACCAGAGGAACAAGCUGGAAGUUCUCAUGGAGAAAGUGGGGAUUACAUCCAAACCCAAAGUCAUUGACCUCACCAGGAAGGAAGCAACAGUAGAGACGCUGACAGAGACGCGGAUCCACUGCCAGAAGGAAGAGAAAGACUUCUAUCUGUAUUACUUCUUGAUGCAGUAUCCUGGGAGAACCAUGGUGUUUGCCAAUAGCAUAGACUGUAUCAAGAGACUCCACUCCCUGCUCAUUAUCUUGGACUGCACACCGCUGCCUCUACAUGCCAACAUGCACCAGAAACAACGCCUCAAAAACCUGGAAAGGUUUGCAGAGAGAGAGAGUUGUGUUCUGCUGACAACGGAUGUGGCAGCCAGAGGACUGGACAUCCCCGAUGUUCAACAUGUUAUUCACUAUCAGGUCCCCAGAACCUCUGAGACGUACGUCCAUCGGAGUGGCAGAACAGCGAGAGCCACAAAAGAGGGUCUCAGUUUGCUGCUAAUCGGCCCUGAUGACCUCAUGAACUUCAGGAAGAUUUAUAAGACUCUCGGAAAGGAUGAGGACCUUCCCAUGUUUCCUAUAGAGAGCAAAUGCAUGGACGCAAUAAAGGAGCGUGUGAAUUUGGCCAGGAAUAUAGAAAAGAUUGAGUUUUACAACAACAGAGAGAAGCAGCAUAACUCGUGGUUCAAACAGGCAGCCGAGGCCCUGGAGCUGGACCUGGAUGAUGAUCUGUUACUUGGCACAGCCAGGGGUGAGGAUGCCGACAGGGGGCAGCAGAAGAUGGUUAAGAAAAUGAAGCAGCAGCUAAAGCAUCUGAUCUCCCAGCCUGUUUUUAAGAACAGGACAAAGACCAAGUACCCGACUCAACUGGGGAAGCUCCCUGUCCCACGUCUGCCUGUUGCAGGGAUGGAAAGUGCCAUAACCAGCGUCACAACAAUGAAAAAAGUCCAAGAAAAGUCAAGUCAACCACAGGGGAAACGACUGAAGAAGGAAAAAAGAAAAGCCGCUGAGAUGAAAUGUUGAUUUAUAUGGAAAUCAAGACUUCGUCUUUGCAGUUUAUUCAAAUUUAUUGCACAAUGUGUGAUAAUUGUAUUUCUGGGUGAUGUUUAAUUCACUGUACACAACAAAAUUUUAUAAAAAGUGUCUUAAAGUCCAA